ACUGGCUAUUGCAACGCUCUUUGCGGCAGGCAGAUGAACUCACGUAGUAAAUAUCGAAGUGAAGUAAGUUUGUUGGGUUGGAUUGUGUGCGGGAAUUAAUGUUUUAUUGAGCGUUUACGAAACAGUUGUUAGACAUGUCCAACAAAAAGAAUUCAAUGCUUCUAGAUGUCGAUGAUUCGGCCCUCAAGAGUAAAUUGCUUCUUCCGGUUCGUGGUAAAUCUUCAACAUUUGGGUUUGUAAUUGAACAGGAGAACUCGCCAGAUAGUCUGCCAGAUGAUUUUGAAAGUUUAUUACCGCUACUUGAAGGUGCUCGUUCAAAGGGAGAAGUUCCAUGGAAAUGGGUGCAACCCACACAAGGAAUGUGUCUCAAGACACAUUUACCAGAUGGAAAGAAAGUGUUCAUUAAUGUUUGCCAAACAUCUGAGAUUCCUGAUCCUCAUAAUGUGGAUGAAGAGAUGCUACUGAAGAUGUACGCCUCAUUGGAUGAUGACACUCCAGACAUGGGCAUACGAAUACCUCUCAGUAUUGGAGAUUGUCAUGAGGAGUUGGACAAAAGCGGCGAGCCGUGCAGCGCGUACGACGUGGCGGUGAGCACGAGCUUCUUCGAGCGCGCGCAGAACAGCCGCGUGCACAUGCGCUUCCUGGUGCAAGUGGCCAUCGAGUCGGUGGCGGACAAAUUCAAGCUGGAGCUGGACGCCGACCAGUACACCGAACUGGGCUCGACGGCGUCGACUUCGUCGCCAUCGACGUCUUCGGCUCCGUCGACGUCCUCCGCCUCGACGUCGUCAGGCGCGGGCGCGGCGCCGAAGGGCCGGCCGCCCGCGCGGGCGCAAGCGUCUCCCAGCUCCCCUGCCGCUGCGGAGCCUUCCCCGUCGCCGUCGCCCGCGGGCGGUGGGCGGGCCCCGGAGCGCUGGCGCAUGGUGCGGCGGCCGGCGGCCGACGGCAGCUCCGUCUUCAUCGCCGAGCUCACCCUCGCCGACGUCACGAACGCCGGCGAGGUGUGCUUCCGCGCGGGCGACGACCGCCUGGUGGUGGAGAGCUCGCGGCGUGGCUACGCCUGGGACGUGUUCGUGCCCAUGCAGCUCAACGCGGACGCCGCGCGCGCCGUCUUCGUGCGCUCCGACCGGGUGCUGAACAUCCAGAUCCCGAUCGUUGCCAGCUGAGCGUGCCGGCGGUCUGCGCUUCUACCAAAGAGUCCAGUGCAGCGGCGCCCCCACAGCCGACGUCCCAGACGUCGCUGUUCCCCACCUCGACGCGGCGGCCGGUGUUGCGUCGUCCGCCCGCCCGCACCCACCGAGGGCGCCGCCGUCAACGCCCGCCCACCAGCGCCGCCGCCGCCGCCUCCGCCACCUCUCGCUCGCCUCCCCGCGCCUCUGUGCCGCUCCGCGCUGUGUAAUGUAUAAUACACUGAUGUACCCACGCCUUCGCGUUCAUUUUUCACCCGUCGCCCGCCCGCUCCCCCUCCCCUCCCUCCCGUCCUCCGAGUCACGCCCCCAUCGGGCAAGGCCAGCUUACGUAAUCCGUCUCGGCGCUGCCCGCGGGCGGCGGUGUUGGCGGCGGCGGCGCGCGAUUGCUAAUGGGGUGCCGCGCCCACGUGCUCACCGGCCGCAAGGUCACCGCCGGACACGUGUCCCCACGGGGCACGAGCCGCCUCCGCCUGCUUGCCUGCCUGCCUGCCACGCCGAGCCGCGCUGCC